AUGUCGGACGCCUUUAGCGCCAGUUUCCGUGAGUUCUGCGUGGGUGUGCAGCACGCCGUCUCGCUGCACCGCAUCCUCCUUUUCUACCUCAAGUCGCGUCUCAUCUGUGUCUCAAGCGCCAAGUGCGUUGUGCUAAAUGGUCUCAUCUUCCUCGGAAGUAUCUACUUUUUCGACCAAGUCGUGAUCCCAGUCAUUCAUUUGUUCGGGGAAUUGCUCCAUCGUUCAUUUACAUACGGGACAACUGCUCAAGUGGACGACGUCCGUGAUCGCGUCGAUGGCUUUGUCUUUCUGUUGUACCAGGUGCUCUGGAUGUACCCGAUUUACAGCAUCAGCUUCAUCCUGAAUACGAUUUGGUACCAGGAAAUUGCGGACGAUGCAUACCUGCAGCUCCAUGGCAAGCCGUCACCCACUGCAGUGACAGAUAUGAUCCGAGAUGAGAUGUAUCGUGCCAUCCUUGUGGCGUUCUUCCUGUUGCAGACAGUGCUGUCGUAUCUCAUUCCAGUCGUUGGUCCGGCCACGAGCUUCGUCCAUCUCAGCUGGUUGUAUUCGCUUUACUGCUUUGAGUACAAGUGGUCCUUGGCUGGUUGGAGUCUGGAGCGAAGGCUGGCCCACUUGGAGCAGAAUUGGGCCUAUUUCGCUGGCUUUGGCAGUCCAUUUACGCUGGCCACAUUUUUCGUCCCGAACUUUGUGAGCAAAGGAAUCUUUGCCCUACUUUUUCCAGUGUUCUUGCUUCAGGCGAUUGCGUGCGAUCCCGAAACGGAAGGCAAUGAAGCAUUGCAGAAGUUGCCGAUGUUCCGAUUCUCGCGGUGGUGGAGUUUGCAGUUGCUGCGGCGGAUUGGACAUGCUACAGGCUUGAAGACAAAAGCGCAAAGGGCAAUGGAAAAGCAGAAUCGGGGCAAACGGAGCUGA